AUGGAGGUAGUAAAAGCGUUAUAUUUUGAUGGACGAAAGGAUACAUCCCUGACACACUUUAAAAAGGGUGAUAAGUAUUACUAUAGUACCAUUACAGAGGAGCAUAUAUCCUUGGUAAAAGAGCCAGGUUCCAUUUACCUCGGCCAGUUAGCCGUAUCGGCUGGAUCAGCUGUCGUCAUCAAAGAUACCAUAUUGGAUUUCUUUAAUAGAAAAGAAAUAUCGAUUAAAUCGUUAAUAGCAGUUGGAUGUGAUGGCACUAUCGUCAACACAGAAACAAACGCAGGAUUAAUAAGACUCCUAGAAAUUGCCCUAAAUUGA